CUCGUAAACACGGAGGGAGUGUAAAAAGUUCAAAGGCGAAGCCUGCUAGACUCGCGUCGAAGAAACAGGUUCAGGGAAAUACUUGGUCUGGAAUCUCCCACAACAGGAAGUACUAAUACUCCGUAUUAAAUCUCCAGUGGAAAUACUGAAAGUACUAAUACUCCGUAUUAAAUUGGAAGUGAUCACACUAAGCACUGAGGUUGUCAAAUGGGCGGAAGAGACGGCAGCAACGAGUGGGAACUUCACCUGAGAUCCUUAACUUCCGGCGCUCGAGACUCUAACGCUGCCGUUGAUCCUUCGCUUGUCAAUUCCGUCAAGAAGCUUUGUGAACUGUGCAGAAAUUCGGAAGAAAUGGUAGCUAGAAUUUAUCCUCAUCUCAACAGGAUCUUCCAACGAGCAGUGGCCUCAAUCAGUCAAUCGCAAACCCCAUUUGGCCUUCUCUUACUGGCAAUUCUCCAAUUUUUUCUUGACUUUGGAGAUUUGGUUCUGCAUGACGCUGAUCCCAGUUUGAGGACUUUCUUUAGAUUGUGUCUAAGCCGUGAGUUUGCAGACUCUGCUGUAGCAGAAGCAACUCUUUGUUUUUUGGAUGAAAAUAAGAGAAAGCUGUCAAGUUCGUUCCCCGCUGUACUUCCUCAGUUUUUCCCAUUGCUGCUGAAGCUGCUAGCUUGGAGCGGAGAGAAGUUAGAGAAGCUAUUUCUUAGAGUAUUUCCUGGGUUGAUUUCUUCUGGCUCAUUUCUGCCGCUGUUCCCACCACUCAUCGACUUGCCUAUACUGGUUGUAGCAUUGGAAAAGGUAGAGAAGAGUUCGGGGCCACUAGUUGGAAACAGCAUAGCUUCAAUUCAGAAGAGUGCUGCCCCUGAGAUGCUGCUAGCACUCAUGGAUGAAGCAUAUACUGGAUCCACAAUAGGAGAUGCUGGCACAGAUGUAGAGUCCAUGGACAGCAGUACAAUAGCUGUAUCCAAUCCAAUUUUUCUUGAACUUCUCAAGGAUGAGAAUGAUGGCCUUGCUGAACGCCAUUGGACUUCUCCUGCCAUGGCUGCAACCUUGCAAGCAGUAGUGAACGCACCUCAGUCUGAGAGACUGAAUCAGGCUCUCAAAAUUGCACCCAGGCUUCUUGAUGUCUAUUUCGCUGUAGCAAUCCAUGAUGUCAAUGAUUCGCUUUUGUGUGCUCUUAUUCCCAUCCUUAUGGUGAGAUAUUCCACUCUAUUUCCUGACAAGAUUUUCUCCUAUGAGGUACAAAAAAGGCUCUUAGAAUUCAUGCUCGCCGCAUUCUACCGAUCCCCUAAUUUUGUUGCGCUUCUGAAGAAGCCUAUAAUGGACAGACUAGGAGAAGCUUAUUAUACUCAUGCAAAGACUGAACUGGCACUACAAUUAUGUUGGGCUAUUGGGGAGUAUGGAGGAGGUGGGGAAUCCCACAAAGAUGCUGCCCGUGAACUUUUUGAGAGCUUGGAACUACUACUGUAUGAAAACCUCUCAUCAAGCCGUCUGGGUAUAGGAGAAGCAGCCAAUGGUGACUCAGACAGUUCUUCAUAUAGAAAAUCAUCACAGUCUAGGCUUUUGUGCUUUGUUGUAACAGCAAUAGCAAAGCUUGCCACAUACCAUCAUGAGUUACUGCUUAGAGCCCGUGUAUCCUUGGCAAAGGUUGUAAGAUCUCGAAUCUUGGAUGUGAGGGUGUGGAGGCGUGCACGGGACUGUUUAGGCUUAAUGAAUGAGCCUGCAAUAUGUUUAUCAGUGUUGGGUCCAUGUAAACCUACAAGUAGUACAGAUGUGCAGCGUCCAGGCAGUGUAAAUUGGAGUGAGGGUGGCACGAAAAUGGUUGCACACAUCCCCUUUCACAUUUUAGGUGAAGAUGAAGAAGGUCCUCUUUCCCAUGACUUUUCAUUCAUGGAUAUUCUGGGACGCAAGUAAUUUUAUUUUGGAAGAGGUAGUUUGAACCUUGAGUUAUCUUCUCAUACAAGAUGGAUCAAAAGCAAAUAACAGGCCCCUUCAUUCCCAGGAAGAUUUAGUAGGAUAAUGUACUGUAACGGUGGAGAGAUUGUGUAGCGAAGCUGCGAAGAGCCUUUGUUUAUUAUGGAGUAGGCUAAAGGGUCAAAUAGGCCAUGAACUAACUUAAAGUGUUCAAUUAGCCCCUUUGUUUAGGAGGUUCUGUCCGGAUGUCGCCGAUUGGGGCGGUUCCCGAUGGAAUUUUUUGAUGAAUUUUUUUGAGCAUCUUCUUCAUUAAGUCUAAUUUACCCAUAUCAAAUUUCACCUAAAAAUUAAAGCGGCAAGGCAGUCAAACGAUUUACCGAAAUGUACUGCGCUGUUCAACUGCGCAAUUAUCUUCAAAAAAUCAUUUGACUGUCUUUCCGGUUGAAUUUUUAGCUGAAACUUGGUAUGGCUAAACUAGACUUAAUGAAGCAGAUGCUCAAAAAAUUUCAUUAAAAAAUUACACCGGGAACCGCCCCAAUUGGCGACGGCCGAGCAGAACCUCCUAUAUAAGGGGCUAAUUGAACACUUAAAGUUAGUUCAUGUACCUAUUUGACCCUUUAGCCUUAUGGAGUAUUAUUACUCUGAUAACUAUAAUUUGUACUUCGUAUUUGAUUUGUUUCCUGAAAUUUCUUAAUUCUUUAGAUUGUGUCGUUGUGAAUUUUGUACUGCUGCCAUUGUGUUCCUUUACAAUAAUUAUUACUAGCACAGUACCCAUGCAUACUGUCACGGACUUGGGAGAGUCGUGACAAUACGCACGGGAAAAACAGUUGGUUC